AUGUCUUCUUCCAGACUGGGGCUCCGUUUGGCUGUCUGUUUAUUAAACAUUUCAGAAGCCAGAAGAAAAUACAUUGUUGAGAACGUAGCGAAAGCAGCUCUUCUUGAAAAAAAUGGGCAGAAACAUCCUGAGGUAUCAGUGCUCAACAUAUUUUCUGAUCAAGAGUACAACAGAUCAGUCAUUACAAUAGCAGCUUCUGUUGCUGAGUUAGGUCUUGCUGAGAAUUUGGUCCAGCGUGUUCCUGGCUGCAGUGUGUUUCUCUUUGGUGAGGCCGACCUGCCUGAGAAGCGCACUCUUGUCCAGAGAAGGAAACAACUGGGCUGGUUCACAAGGAGGGAUUUCAGUGCUCUUAAACCUGACCUGGGAGUUGCACCUGCCCGAAGAUGUGGUUUAACAGCUUGCUUCAGGGCGUUGUGA